GUCGGCGGCAUUUGUGAUUUUGUAGUGGUAGUGGAAAUAUGGAGAGACUAGAUGUGUAUAUUAAUUUUGUGAUUUUAGUGUAUUUAUUAGUAACUUUAACAAAUUGUAUAAAUGGAACUUUAGUACAUAAAAAAUUUGAAUAUAAAUACUCGUUUAAACCUCCAUAUUUAGCCCAGAAGGACGGAAGUGUUCCGUUUUGGGAGUACGGCGGCAAUGCAAUUGCCAGUGCUGAAAAUGUAAGGCUCGCGCCUUCGCUACGAAGUCAAAAAGGUGCGAUUUGGACAAAGUCGCCCCUAAAUUUUGAUUGGUGGGAAGUGGACAUUGUCUUUCGGGUAACGGGCCGAGGAAGAAUAGGAGCAGAUGGCUUGGCGUUUUGGUAUACACAAAGUAAGGGCUCCUACGAGGGUGACGUGUACGGAUCUUCGGAUAAAUGGGUAGGGCUUGGUGUGUUUUUCGAUUCGUUCGACAACGAUAAUAAGCAUAACAACCCGUACAUCAUGGGCAUGGUUAAUGACGGAACACGAUUAUUUGACCACCAGAACGACGGUGGUACUCAAGUGAUGGCCGGAUGUCUCAGAGAUUUCAGAAACAAACCGUUCCCGACGCGCGCGCGUGUGGAGUACUAUCAAAAUGUAUUAACCGUGUCAUUCCACAAUGGUAUUACAAAUAACGAGGGCGACUAUGAGUUAUGUUUCCGUACUGAAAAUGUUAUUCUACCCAAAGGAGGAUAUUUCGGUCUUUCUGCCGCAACAGGCGGACUCGCCGAUGAUCACGAUAUUCUCCACUUCCUCACGUCGAGUUUAUGGCCGCCGGGUCAACAUCCCACAAGUGGAACUCAAGCAUCAAGUGCCGAGCAGCAAAAGUUGACACAAGAAUACCAGGAAUAUCAACGUAAAUUAGAUCAACAAAAGGAAGAUUACAGAAAAGAGCACCCUGAUGCUAAACCGAAAGAUCCAAAUGCCGAAGAUUGGUUCGAGUCCGAUAACCAAAGAGAGUUGCGACAAAUAUUCCAGGGACAAUCGCAAAUGUACGAAGUAAUGCGCGAUCUGAACCGUAAACUGGACGAAAUAAUUGGUCGGCAAGAACGAACUCUCAGCGUUGUUUCCAUGAUGCAGUCCGGCGUUGCGGUUCCCCAAGGACAAGCGCCGCCGGUGGGACAAGUUCCGCCGCCAUCGGGCGCUGUGCCCUCACUAGGUGAAGGUAUUAGAAAGUACGAGUUUGACGCAAUGUACAACAAUGUUGUACAAGUAAUGACAUCUAUAAAUCAAAUAACGCAAUCUUUGGGAGAUCUUCAUCGGAAAACUGAAACCGUAAUGAGUAACCAAGCGAAACAGCCCACUGCACAAGUGCAAUCGGUGGGUUACGACAUGCAGUCGCUUGUUUCCGAAAUGAGGGACGGUCUUAACCAUGUUAAGCAAAACGUCGCCCAAGUUUCUCAGAAAAUGGGUGGUUCCACUACUACUUGCACAAGCUGUGUAUCACUAACGGCGGUGCUCGUCAUCACCGCCGUUCAGCUAGCAAUAUUGCUAGGAUACUCGAUAUACAGAGAUAGCAAAGAGAAUCAGGCGAAGAAGUUUUAUUGAGGAUCGGCAGUUGUAAAUGAGUGUAUAAAAAAGGGCAUAUUUGUACCGAUUUUAAAUUUAAAUUAUUAAAUAAUUUGGACUUUCGUUUUACUCAUCAUCUUUUGAUCAUCUUUCGGUUUUAAACAUUUUGAGUACAAACUACACUCGCACUAUUAUUUAGUAUGAGGAUAAGUACAUGUAGGUAGUGAAUAUAACUUUUUGUACUUGGA